CAGAUUAAAAUUGCGUGAAAAUGUUUAUGUCACAGAAACCGGAAUAUAAUAAUUUCGGAUACAAUUAAUUCAGUAAUUGCACUGAAAAUGUGGUUAAGCUGGCAUUGUAAAACAUUGUCAGAAAAUGUCCGUAUGGCAUUAGAACGCAUAUUAAGUUACUAGUCUUUCAAGUGCACAUUUCUUUUUCAACAGUUUGCUAGCUUUAUUACCGAUUAUCGGCUGGAAAAAUAACUACUAGAUAACGAUCACUGAAAUAAUAUCAUAAUUAGUAAUUAAGCAGUUGGAAUGUUGUCACACAAGUCAAGGUUGUUGUACAGUGUUGGUCAGAGAUUUGGGGCUAUUAUUCACAAACAGCUGAAGGCAACAGUAGCUAGCGAUGUGAAUCCAUUUUACUAUCAGGACAUUCUAGAAACAGAGAAAAAGCCUGACAUACCUUGGAAAAAGUUAACAGGUGACUAUGUGUCAACUUUCGAGGUGAAGGGAAAGAAAUGUUUACAAGUAGAGCCAGAAGCUCUCACUAUGAUAGCAGAGCAAGCCAUGGUAGAUAUCGCACAUCUUCUUAGACCAGCUCAUCUACAGCAACUGUCAAAUAUUUUGAAAGAUCCCGAGUCAUCUAGUAAUGACAAGUUUGUGGCUUUAGAGUUGCUGAAGAAUGCAAGUAUUGCUGCUAACAUGGUACUUCCUGGCUGUCAAGAUACUGGAACAGCCAUUUGUAUGGGAAAGAAAGGACAGUAUGUAUGGACAGAGGGCAAUGAUGCCGAGGCUAUAUCUAGAGGUAUCUACAACACUUACACUCAGAGAAAUCUCAGAUAUUCACAGGUAUCUGCACUAGACAUGUAUAAAGAGGUGAACACGAAGACAAAUCUACCAGCUCAGAUUGAGAUUUAUUCUACAAACAGCAACCAGUAUGACUUCUUAUUUAUUGCUAAAGGAGGUGGAUCAGCCAACAAAACAUUCUUAUAUCAACAAACAAAAGCACUCUUGAAUCCUGAAAAACUUCUCAAAUUUGUUGAUGAAAAAGUUAAGACCCUUGGCACCGCUGCUUGCCCACCUUAUCACUUGGCAUUUGUAGUGGGCGGUACAUCAGCUGAGUUUAAUCUGAAAACAGUAAAACUUGCAUCAACUAAAUAUCUUGAUACAUUACCUACAUCAGGUAAUGAACAUGGUCGAGCUUUCAGAGACCUUAACCUUGAGAAAGAGAUUCAUCAGUUGACACAGCGUAUGGGUAUAGGUGCCCAGUUUGGUGGUAAAUAUUUCUGUCAUGAUGUCAGGGUGGUCAGAUUGCCACGUCACGGAGCAUCGUGCCCCGUCGGUAUUGGUGUGUCAUGUUCAGCUGACAGACAGAUAGUAGGUAAGAUCAGUGAGGAGGGAGUGUUCUUGGAACAGCUUGAAACUAACCCAGAUAAAUAUCUACCAGAGGUUGAAGACAAAGAUUUAGGAAGCGAUGUUAUAAAUGUUGAUUUGAACAAACCAAUGUCAGAGGUUCUCAGUUUAUUAGAUCAGUAUCCAAUCAGAACAAGGCUGAAUUUAACUGGUACGCUGAUAGUUGCACGAGAUAUUGCCCACGCUAAGUUAGAAGAGAGAUUAGACAGUGGUGAGGGUUUACCGGAAUAUUUUAAACAACAUCCGGUAUAUUAUGCUGGUCCUGCUAAAACACCUGAGGGAUAUGCUAGUGGAUCAUUUGGACCUACGACAGCAGGACGUAUGGACAGUUAUGUUGAGAAGUUUCAAGCUGCCGGUGGUAGUAUGAUAAUGUUAGCUAAAGGAAACAGAAGUAAACAGGUUACAAAAGCAUGUAAGAAGCAUGGAGGGUUUUAUCUUGGUUCUAUUGGUGGCCCAGCUGCUAUUCUAGCCAAAAAUUGUAUACACAAAGUGGAACAAUUAGAAUAUCCUGAAUUAGGGAUGGAAGCAAUAUGGAGGGUGGAGGUUCAGAAUUUCCCGGCAUUUAUUGUUGUUGAUAACAAAGGAAAUGACUUCUUUAGUGAAUGGCAGGUGGAAUAAUAACCUGUUAAUGACCUGUAUCUAUGACAGGAUAUAUUAGCUUAUUGUUACAUAACUUAAAGGAUUAAAGCUGGUCUAUGAACACUGAUAGUGCUCCAUUGAUAAUUCUGGCUGAUGUUGAAAUUAGUGCUUAUUUGUAAUAAACUAUUGGAGAAAACAAAAAGUGAUGACAUAUUGAAUAUGUGGUUGUAAUGUAAACAUUCAGUCUAAGAACAAGUACAUGUAUUACAAAUUUUAAGAUGUGGUAAAGUAUUUGAAUAUUAUAACUACAGUGUUCAGCUAUAUUUAGCUAUCUGUUAAUAAAUAUGAAUGAAUAUUUAAAAAUAAAUCAAUGGUCUUACAAUUUUGUCACAUAAUUAUCACAUUGUGAGUUUCUAUAUAUUUCAUUUAUUUGAAGGAUUCUACAGACUUUA